UGCCGGGCCUCUCCUCUUCAGCGCCCACCGAGUCCACCCGGGAGCCUCCGAAGCCCGGGCUGCGGAGGAGGUCAAGGCGGCGCGGGGAAGAUGUACCAGAGCCUGGCGCUGGCCCCCAGCCCGGGUCCGGCCGCCUACGCGGACUCGGGAAGCUUUCUGCACACGCCGGGCGCCGGCUCCCCGGUGUUCGUGCCGCCGGCGCGCGUCCCCUCCAUGCUGCCCUACCUGCCGGCGUGCGAGCCGGGCCCGCAGGCCCCCGCGCUCGCGGCGCACCCUGGCUGGGCGCCGGCGGACUCGUCGGCCUUCGGCUCGGGCAGCCCGCACCCGCCCGCUGCUCAGCCGCCCGGGGCCACCGCCUUCCCCUUCGCGCACAGCCCCCCGGGGCCCGGCGGCGGCCCGGGGGCCCGGGAGAGCGGCGCCUACCAGGGCGCGAUGCUGGCUCGAGAACAGUACUCGGCCCCGCUGGGGCGGCCAGUGGGCCCCGCCUACCCCACCGCGUACCCGGCCUACGUGGGCACCGAGGUGGCUCCAUCUUGGACCUCUGGACCCUUGGACAGCAGCGUCCUGCACAGCCUACAGGGACGGCCGGCUGGCCUCCCGGGCCGCAGAGCCACAUUCGUGUCCGACUUCCUGGAGGAGUUUCCCGGCGAGGGCCGCGAGUGUGUCAACUGCGGGGCCCUGUCCACCCCGCUGUGGCGCCGAGACGGCACGGGCCACUACCUGUGCAACGCCUGCGGCCUCUACCACAAGAUGAACGGCGUCAACCGGCCCCUCGUGCGGCCCCAGAAGCGCCUGUCCUCGUCCCGCCGGGCCGGCCUCUGCUGUACCAACUGCCGCACCACCAACACCACGCUGUGGCGGCGCAACGCGGACGGCGAGCCAGUGUGCAACGCCUGCGGGCUCUACAUGAAGCUGCACGGGGUGCCACGGCCCCUGGCGAUGAAGAAAGAAAGCAUCCAGACUCGGAAACGGAAGCCGAAGAGCGUCGCCAAGACCAAGGGCUCCUCAGGGUCCUCGGGGAACACCGCCACCUCCCCGCCAGCCUCUGUCCCUGACCCGGAGAUCUCAGUGGCCACUCUGAAACCCGAGCCCAGCCUGGCAUCCCCUUCCUGCCGCGGACCCCGCGUCCCCCCCCAGGCCUCCGGGCAGGUGGACGACCCCCUGGCCCCCAGCCACUUGGAGUUCAAAUUCGAGCCUGAGGACUUUGCCUUGCCCUCUGCAGCCCUGGGCCCCCAGGCUGUCCUCGGUGGGGCCCUGCGCCAGGAGGCCUGGUGUGCGCUGGCCUUGGCCUAGGUCCCCGGGCACCCCCGGACGCACCUCGCUGCCUCUUCACUCCAGCACAGCAGAAAAGCUGCCAGGCCCACACCCAGAAGAGGCUGGAGCCAGCCGGACCUGAAGGCGCUGGGCGUCCUCGACAGCGGCUGGAGGCCUUCUGUGCGGAUGGCAGUUGGGCCACAGAACAGGAGGAAGGCUGGUGGGAGAAGGGCCGAGCCCUCCACCCCCAAACAGCAAGGGACCCCCCCAAAUGUGCGAGGCUCUGAACCGCACCAGCCACUCCAGCUGCAGCUGACCCAGGGCACCCAGCACCCACUUGAAUUCUGUUGUCCGCACUCACCAUCGUCAUGUUUACAGGUCGCAGCAGCUGGAAAAAAACCGACAUCCUGCUGAAAAACCAGCAUCAGAAGUGAAAUGCCUGAGGCCGGGCAGGCGGCGGGGGGAGCGGGCAGAGCCAGACGCGGGACCCUCAGGCCCCAGUCUGUCCGCCUCCCGCCUUGGGCGGCUGGAGCCACGGCACAGAGACAGGACUGCCGGGAACAGGUGUGCAGGUCGCUCGCUGUACCGGCCGCCACCCCGCGGGAAAGCUGUCACAGCGUAGUCACCGUGGACUCGUAUUUAUUCGGACAGUUUUCCCAGGGGGGCAGUAAAGGGCCUUGUCUUGAC